AAUAGUUUUGGAGUCGAUGGCGAAAGGAAUACCUCGCCAACAUAGCUCUUAGACAGCGCUGGCAUGCUCCAAGAAGGAAUUUACAAGUUGGAGAUAUCAUAAUCCUGAAAGGAGAGGAUUUGCAGAGGAAUGAGUGGAGAUUGGGUAGAGUUUCAAAAGUCACUACUGACAAAGACGGACUUGUACGGAGAGUUAAACUCCAGCUUGGUGACCGUAAGCUUGGCAAGAAAGGGUAGCGUCUUCACGAAUUGUCAGAAGUAGAGCGCCCAAUCCAGAAGCUUGUUCUGUUGCUGGAGUCUAAUUAAAUCUGCUCCCUCUAUAGUGCAUAAUAGUACAUAGUCGUUGCUAAGUUUCCAACUUUGGCAUAAGUUGUCUUCGUCCUUAUACGGGUUCCGGAAAGGUAAAUUUUCAGUUUAAAUCAUUCGUGCUUAAUGUAGUCUGUGUACGUCCCAUUAUUCACUCAUGAUUGGUGGGAGUGUAACUAACUCUUAGAAAAGAGUUAGUAAGGUAAUCCUUUUGAGCUCCAUUUUGUUUGGUCUCUUCCGCCCUAUAUGGUAUAGUCCUUUAACUCCGCCCCCAUACGGUAUAGUCUUUUAACCCCGCCCCCAUACGGUAUAAUCCUUUGACUCUGCCCCCACUAGUUAGUGUGACGCACACCAUGGUAAAGGAAAGUCGUGUCGCUUAAAUGCUCUGAAAUCGUACAAGGUUCUUAAGGAAAGUAAGGGAUAAUUAAGCACCUAGCUGGAACGGGAACAAGGUUAACAGAAGUGAUACGUGUAUUCCUGGAGUUUAGAGUUCACACAAGACAACUCAACAAUGUUUUUUAUUUUUGAUUGGAUCUACAAAGGGUUCAGCGGAGUGCUACAGUUUCUCGGUCUGUAUAAGAAAUCCGGGAAGCUUGUGUUCCUGGGAUUGGACAAUGCUGGAAAAACGACUUUACUCCACAUGCUGAAAGAUGACCGACUGGGACAACAUGUGCCUACACUACAUCCUACCUCGCAAGAGCUGACGAUUGCCGGAAUGACUUUCACCACGUUCGAUCUUGGUGGUCAUUUACAAGCCAGGAGAGUGUGGAAGAACUACCUCCCAGCCGUGAAUGGGAUCGUCUUUCUAGUCGAUUGUGCCGAUUAUCCACGUCUCGUUGAGUCCAAGAUUGAGCUUGAUGCCUUGCUAUCAGAUGAGACCAUAUUGAACGUGCCGGUGUUGGUGUUGGGAAAUAAAAUCGAUCGACCGGAAGCAGUGAGUGAAGGCAAACUGCGGGAGCUCUUUGCUCUUAAUGGACAGACCACUGGGAAGGGAAUCGUGUCAUUGAAGGAGCUGAACGCACGACCAUUAGAAGUCUUCAUGUGCAGUGUACUAAAGAAACAGGGCUAUGGAGAUGGGUUCCGGUGGCUCUCGCAGUACAUCGAUUGAGUUGACGGAGGUUUCUGCUAAAAAGGACUCCUACCUCUGAGUGAUUAAAGAGAGAGAGAAAGAGAGAGAGAGAGAGACUGCGACUGUGAUAAAGGACUAAGAAAGAACAUGGUGUAUUAGCAUGAAAAAUAGUUUUUAAAAACUAACACACAACAUUCCUUUCAUCUACAACAUUCCACCCAAAUUUUGAUUUUAAGUUAUCUAAAGACAUUUACAGUAUUAAAGUAUUUAACACUGCA